AGCUUGCAGGGGCCGGAUCCGUGCGCGGUAGGGGCUGGGGAGGCGGAUCCGGAGGCGGGCGGCGUGGCGAGGAUCGCCGGUGACGACGAGGAAGGCCGGAGCGCGGCUUCCCGGGCGGGUUCAUGGCAUCCACGACUAUUGGGCAGAGGGGAGACAAGGAGGCGAGGGAGAGAAGAAGGGACAAAGGAAAAGCGGUGCGGAGAGAAGAAGGCCGGAGCUCGCCGGAGCCGGGCGAUGGCGGACGGGCGCGGGAGACGGAGGGAAGGCCGGAGCUCGCCGGAGCCGGGCGAUGGCGGACGGGCGCGGGAGACGGAGGGAUCCCGUGCGGGGGCUGGUUCCGACGACCACUGCUGCGUGGCCGCGGGAGGACAACACGCGCCGUCGCGCCGGAGCCGCCCAGGUCUCCUGUGUCUCUCCCCUUCCCCCCUUGCUCCUCUCUCUCUCUCUCUCUCUCUCUCUCUCUCUCUCUCUCUCGGAGCUCUUAUCAUCUCACCGCCGUCCUUCGUUUACAGGAGCAACCAUGGAUGCUCCGCGUUCAAGGUGUACAAGGCCGAUUUGGAGUGGUUCCCUCGCAAGCUCCUGCUAUUCCCCACCUCUCGCGACGUUCUGCAUCUAGAUUGUUUUCUUCAGUGGCAGGAAGGUUUCCAAGGAGGUACAGAAAGCGAGGUUCAAACAAUUCAGUGCAGCAGCAGCAACACCUCCAAGGAGGACUAGGAUCUGGCUGUGCUCCACGACUAUCACAACCAAGCCGGGGAGCACCAGAGAUCACAACUUGAAAAUUUUAACUGCAAUAUUUGUUGGUCAGUGUCCUCAUCUGAAAUUGUUCGUAAGGUAGUGCUUUAUUCUGUAUAGCAUCCUUGGAAGAUUGUGUGGUGUGAUGCUUGGGUGUAGAGCCUUUUUUGUUAUUCUGUAUAGCAAAGGGAAAUAGCCUCAGGCCCUCAGUUUGGUAUAGCAAUGGGGGUGAUCCUUCGUUGGAAGAAACAUUAGUGUGAAACAGAUAGACUUACUGUUUUUUCAUACUAUACUAGCAUAGUGUUGGUUGUUAAUUUUAAGUGUAUCAGCAGUUUUUUCAGCCAAUGAAGUUAUGCUCACGACAUGGAGAACUUCAAGGACAACCUGCCUGAACAGUUUCUACCUGAUUAGUGAACUAGGCCAUUUACUAUACAAAUAGUUAUUUUGUUGCAAGUUACGCCGUUGCUUCUAAAUACUACACUUUUGGUUGUAUUUAGCAACUAAGAAUGACACAAGCAGCCGCUAAAACAUUCGAGCAAUGCCCAAGGUUAGUACAGGAAGCAUAGUUGUUUGCUUUAGUAGAAAUUAUAUUCCUUUUUUCCACUACUGUGAACAUGGACGUGAGUAGGUAAUUGCUCCUAAAAGAAACCUAAUUAAUGUAUUGUUGAACCUAAUUUUGAGAUGAUUUUUAUUCUGCCAUUGUACAGUGCACAUUAGCAUCGUCUAAAUACACAUGUCUCUGGGGUUUAUUUUUGGUGGCAAAUUGAUUCUUGCAAUCAUGGUGGAAAGGCCAGCAAUAAGGCACUCUACACUGAUGAAAUUUGCAUAAGUAUUCCUCUUUGUGAUAAGAUUUCACCAAAAGUUUCAACAUUAAGAUGUUUACUUAGUUAAAUCCUGAACUGAGGCACCCACCCAUACAUGUAUAAGCUCCAAAAAAUAAAACAUUUUGCAAAGAAUUUUUCAGCUUUCGGGCUAUAAGCGUUAGACAUUUUCAUAAGAAAUGCUGAAUGUUAGUAUCAAUUGAAUCAAUUUGACCUUACACGCAAUGCAGGUAUUGUUAAAUCUGUAGUUGUAAUUUAUUCACCUGUAACUUGAUUUUCUUUUCACUUCUCUUUUUAUAAAUUCAUGUAGUCGGCUAUAAUAAUGAUAUUUUUUUCUUUUGAGAGAGAAAUUGUGUGUCUGCUCUGGUUUUAGUUUUAACGUCAGCUCGUUACAAUCCGUAACUACUUGUAGACUACUUCAUCCGGAUGGGUUUGCAACUUUGUGUACAGACUGCUUCAACACUUCUAUUUUCUAUAGGACUUGGAUUAAUAAUCUCCAACAAUAUGGUCAUGCUUCUUAUAUUUACUUUCAGUUCUAAAUACAUUUAUGUUUUUCUCUAUGUUGUACUACUAAACUAUGUGUGCUAAAGUAAACAUAAAAAUAUGACGGGGUGGUGGUUUCAGCCAUAGAAAGAAUUGAUUUGGAGAACAAAGGGAAUUUUCGGCGGACGAAGAACUCGCUCGAGAUGCUCCAGUGAUGAUUUUAUAUAGCGUUUUAUCUAAACCUGGGUUCCUUCUUUCAGACUGGGCGGUGCCCUAUGAUGUGAAGCCGGUGUAAUAACUUUUUCAUUUGGCAUCGGUGGUGAUGUGACAACCUUUUAGACAAUUUGGCACCUGUAACACAGUGGAAGACCUCAUACGAGCUGGUUGCCUUCCUGGUAGUUGUUGCGGGUUUUGAAUUAAGUGUACAACUAUGUUUAAAACGCCAUGAUCAGAAGCUGUGGUGGGUGUACAGAUUGACUCUUAUUACAUGACUAUUCCUAAGAUUGAUUCUGAUUGGGUUAGGGGCA